ACAAAUUGAAUGCAAUAUAAAAGGACAGAGAACUGGAUCAAACACGGUUAGGGAUAACUCCUACACGUAGGUAGGCAGGAUAUCUGUUUGUGAAUCACACAUUGAACUCUGCUGUUGAUCCCAGUGAACAGGGAGGAAACAACGGCCCAUGUACUGGACUACUGGUCAAGCAGAAACAGCAUAGGGGAGUCUCAAAUAUCCAUCUCGAUUUUGUCUUCCCAGGAACAUGGAGAAACUUCAGAAUGUCCUUACAUGUUCUAUCUGUCUGGAAGUUUUCCAAAAGCCCGUUACUUUGUCCUGCCAGCACACCUUUUGUAGGGCAUGUCUUCAAGAGUUCGCGGACAGUUCCAGACACACCACAGGUGAUGACAGCCGUAUCACAUCUGCAUCCUCAUCCGCCUUCUUAAACACAGAUGAACAUGUACUAUCAUGUCCGACAUGUCGUGCUGUCAUCAACCUAGGCAGCAGAGGGGUGGAGGGUUUGCCACCGAGUUACCAGCUUGUCGAGAUAAUCGAGAAAUUGCAAGAAGACGGUAAAACUGAAUUCAAAUCCCUUCCAUGUGAGAUGUGCGAGGGCGAAAGUAAGGCUGCAGCUACCAGGGCCUGUGCUACAUGUCGUAUUAUGUACUGUGAUAGAUGCCUGAAUGAGACCCACCCCCAGAGAGGUCCACUGAGGAGGCACAUUGUGAUGCCCGUGGGGGAGUACCUCACACAGAGAUCCCUACAAGAGCCUGUGGAACAGGACGGUGUUUCCAAAGAGUUAAACUCUGAAGGGAAGUGUGCUGAACACCCGUCAGUAUUGACCAUUUACUGUGUCAGCUGUGAAAAGCUCAUAUGUAACGAUUGCCUUGCACAGCAUAACAAGCACAUUUUCAGCGAUAUACCCACAGCCUCUGAUUCUAUGAAGGUGGAAUUUUCUCGGAAGAUAGAAAGCUGGAAAGAACAAAGGAAGACGUUGAAUGACGGGGUUUCAGAGCUUAUCGUUGUGAUGGAACGAAUCCAGGAAAAAGAAGAUUUACAUAGCGAAGCAGUGGAAGAUGCUUACAACAUCGCCUUAAAAGCUCUCCAGAGAUGGCGGAUCCGUUCACUGGAAGCGGUGAAAACACGCCACCGUGAAUGGUACUCCACAUGCCAAACAGCUAAGGGUGACAUGGAGCGGCUGGCAGAAGACAUGGACAAUAUGAUAAAGGAAGCCACUGAGUUAACAGGUGCUCGGAAUGUCGUCUUCAUCCAGAAACACCACCAUUUGACAACGAAAUACGAUAUCCAGUUCGACAAAGAUAAAGAUGUGAGAGAACUCAUCCAAUUUUCCGAGGCCUGCGAGGAGGAAUUGGGUCUAUACGAAGACGUUGUCGUGAAGAAACGCAUCUCACUUAUAGAAACGGUCGGAGAGCUUGCGCAGGAUGAAGAGGUGUCCACUGCCUGUGAUCAUGAUCCGGUAACCUGUGACAAUUGUGAUGAGGUAGUAGUUGGUAUUCGCUACAAAUGUGGGAAUUGCCCUAAUUAUGAUCUAUGUGAGGGUUGCGAGAAGGUGAUCGGCAUCCAUGACCCUGAUCACGUGUUUCUGAAGCUCAGACGACCUCGGCCUGGGGCUGGCUAUGUUAAGGGAGGAUUUGUACCACUCCUCAACUCCAAGCUGUAUGGCGCUCAAAAUCCUUCAUCCUGAACUGACACUUGACUUUGCUGUAUUCAAUAUCGCUGCAACUCAAUCCCAGUUAGCAUCGUUCAUCUUACAUAUAGGCCUACCAAAAUACCGACAACGAAAAGUCCGUGUUCUUCAAUUCAAACAAGCUGAUCAAAUAUCUGUGUGGACGGAACACUCGCAUGUGUAGUACAUGAGCUAAACCAGACAUUUUACCAUGGAAUCUUGCGAUCUACCCUUUCCCUUGCUCCUUGAUUACUUUCUGAAUUCUUGAAUUUGGAGUUUUAUGUACUCGUAAAUAUGCGAUUUUAGCUUACUGAUAUGUUUUUUUAAGUCAACAGAAUCCAAUGAAAAUCAAAUAUUUAAAAACAUAAAUAAAGAAAAGAGACGUAUUUCUUAAAACUGAAGAAAUGGCAGUAUUUCAUUCACUGUUUCUGGUUUGUAUUUGUUUUCCUGCAUUAUUUCGGUAAUGUAAUUCCAGUAAUGUUUAUAGUGCUAUCUUACUCAAGAUAUUCCAAAGACAUUCCGAUAACACAGGCCACCCAGAACGCCAUGGGAAUUUCUGCCAUUGCUUGGUCUUUUCAUAGACAUAUUCCUUAGGCAUAUAUUUGAUAGUAGAUUUUGUAUUGUACAGCUGUCAUUUUCCGCCACCUGAAUUAUGUGUUUUUUAAAUGUUUUCGUCAUUUAUAUUGCUUGCAGUGUACUUCUGAUUUAAACACUUUAAUAUGAGUAUUCAUGACAUUGAACGCCACCUGGUGGGAAGCAAUCAGUUCUAUUAAAUUUUGGGUUAAUGUUACAAACUGUUUAUCUUUACGUGUUUAUAUUGUCUCGUGUACAUAUAUUACCUUGUCACUUCACUAUUAUUCCCCUUUCAAUUGUUGUUAUAUGAAAAUAAAUGGCGCUGUUUUCGUCGGCAGGUCACGUGAGCCUAUGCAACUGUAAAUACCCAGUUCCGAAGGUAAAGUCCAGUCUGUACAUCCUCUUUCAGAUAUCUCGGGAUGAUGUUGAUGCACCUCUCACUAGGUCUAAACAUAUUGACUCCAUGGUAACCAAAUGCCAAAAAAUUGUCAAUUUAACGAAGUGUGUCUCUGGGAGAGAAUGGGGUGCUGACUGGCAUUGCCACUUAUUAUUGUACCAUUCCCUUAUUCGCAAAAAGCUGGAUUACUGUUGUGAGGCAUAUGUCUCUGCCUGUAAUGCCAAUCAGUAUGCGGCGCUGCGGAUCUGUACAGGUGAAUGCCGACGACCCCGCUCAAUGUCAU